AUGUUGUCCCGCCCCCAACAGCAGCUAACAGAGGGCAGUGAGGAGCAUGAACUUCUGCCUCCAUUCAGCAAGACUGAAGCAGUACCUGCUCUAUUCCUCCAAAGCACUGCACUGCCAGAGAAAGCAGACUACAACAGGCAUCCAUCAAAGACUCUCCGGAAACACAUCAGAAUACAUCACUGUUUGUACAGUGGCCCCAACAUCCCAAGUUUCUCCUUUGGCAACCUUCUUCCACAGAAAGGUGGUGGUGCUCUCCUGCAUUCGGUCAAAGCCAAAACCCAACCAGCCGUCAGGAUCAUGUACCGCUCGGCCAAGAGUGGCCUGAAGGGAAUGCAGAGCCUACUGCUGUACAAGGAUGGGGACUCUGGCCUGCACAGGGGAGGCUCCCUGAGGACCCCAAGCCUCACCAGCCGCUCAGAUCGCCUGCAGCAGCGCCUGCCUAUCACCCAGCACUUUGGACAGAACAGACCCCUUCGCCCCAGCAGGAGACUUAAGCCAGAAAAGGGACUUUCUGAGCCCCUGGGGGAGAGGACACCUCCCCUGAGCCCUGAGGAUGCCCAGGGUCCAUGGGCAGAAGAAGUUCUGGACAGCAACUUUUUGGGGUCCGGAGAAGAACUGGAUUUGCUGAGUGAGAUUCUAGACAGUCUGAGUGUACAGACUAAGAGCAUGGGCAGCCUGAGGCCAAGCCAGAGCUUAGACUGCUGUCACGGAGGGGACCUGGACAGCUGCUUCAGCCUGCCUGACCUACCAGGAAGAACAAGAUGGCAACCAGAUGAAGAGAAACUGCCAGAGCCCCAGCCCCUGUCCCUGCCUGCAGACCUGUCAUCGCUUCAAAACACACCAUCAUUGGAAAUCACAUGCUCCUCAAAGAACCCCAAUUCCCAGCUGCUCUCAGGCUCCAGCCAAGAAAUCAUCUCUCCAUCCCAGCUUUCAACAGCUUCUACAGACACAAGCAGCCCAGGGGACCCCAAGUCCUCUCCUCUCACUGAGCCCUCAACCCUUCGUCUCUCCCCUCUUCAAAAGGCGACUGAGCACCCUACAGCCUGGGAGAUCCCUUGCACCAGGCUCUCGGAGGCAAACACCCAGCCCAGCCCUCCAAAAGGUCCCCAACUUCUAGCCCCAAUGGAGCCCAACUUUGAUACUGUCAGGACAUCCCAGUCCCUCAAGUCUUCCCCAGACCCCAGUUUUCCAAAGAAUCCCAGAACCCAGCCUCCCAAGGUCCUGCUACAACAUGCUCACUUCCAGUCCCCCGAGGAACCAGGAACCCCCAACACCCUGACCUCACCCACCAGCGACUGGCAAGAGCCCCAGGCCAGGAAGAGGCCCCGAGUUGCUGAUCUUAAGAAGUGUUUUGAGGGAUAAGGAUCAGGGGUCUGGAGACCCUGGAUCCUCAAUAAAGCCACAAGAGCCCAAA